AUGGCCACCAAUAAGACGGCGACGUCGUCAUCGCCACCGCGCGCGACCCCCCGCGGCGAGGUCGCGCAUCUGGGGAUUAGGGUUACCUGCGUCGAGCCCGGCUAUGUCCGCACUAAUUUCUUGGUUGAUGGCCACAAGGGCCGCGCGGCCAAGGCCAUCGAGGACAUCAAGAACGGCGGCGUCACGCCCACCGAGAAUGCGCUGGGCGCAUUUAUUCUUAAGCAGCCCGGUGACCCCGAUAAAACGGGCAAGCUGCUGGUGGAGGCAUUGGCGGGGUGUGGGCGGUGGCGGGACCCGGGUCUGGAGUUGCCGCCGAAGCUGCUACUCGGGAAGGACGCGUAUGGAAUUGUGGGUGGGAAUAUUGAUGGACACAGGAAGAGCUGGGAGGAGUGA